GCGGUUAGCCGAAAUUCGGAGGAGAUGAAAGGCCAGAAAGCGAUAGAUUCAGGUAGCAGAGAGAACCGCUGAGGAGGGGAGGAGAGGAGAAAGAAACAUAAAUUAGAAUUUAGGAGAGAGCGCCCCCCAAGGCGUCCCCUCACUUUCCAUCUCUCUCUCGCCUUCUCUGGUUGGGAUCGAAUGGGUCGACCACCGCAUGGCGGAGGCCCCGUCUUCCGGUUCACGCAUAACGAGUAGUACUGCUAGGUGUACCCCGUGCAUACUUGGAAUGAGCGCCAAACUCGGUUUUGUGCAACAUACAUGGCAGCUAGGUGGUUUAAAAGAAGCCUUAAUGCCCAUUUUACCCUCAGUGGUCCCGCAGAAACUCUGUCCGGGUGGUGGAGAUGGAAAUGUGCUUGCAAGAAGUAAAUAAUGCAAUACCUGCUCGGGAAAUUAUAUGUGCUCUCGCAGAAAAGUUCAGCGCAUCUGCCGAACGAGCUGGAAAGAUUGCGGUGCAGCCGAAGCAGGUGUGGAACUGGUUCCAAAAUAGGAGAUAUGCCCAAAGGGCAAAAUUAGGUAAAGCACCUGGGAAGCUGAGCAUCUCACCUAUGCCUCGGGAUGAAUCACUUUCUUUCAGAAAUGUAGCUCCAGUUUCUGCUCCUUCAGCAGGAAGAAAUUCUAUGGAUACUCCUCAAGUGGAGUUUGAAGCAAAAUCAGCUAGGGAUGGGGCAUGGUAUGAUGUUGCAGCCUUUCUUUCCCAUAGAAUGUUUGAAACAGGAGAUCCGGAAGUCCGUGUUCGAUUUGCCGGUUUUGGUGUCGAAGAGGAUGAGUGGGUUAACGUACGCAGAUGUGUGAGACAACGGUCUCUUCCGUGUGAAGCUGCUGAAUGUGUUGCAGUACUUCCAGGAGAUCUCAUACUUUGUUUUCAGGUGCUAGUCAGCUUACAACCACUGUUUCUAAAGGAAGGUAAAGAGCAGGCUCUCUAUUUUGAUGCUCAUGUCCUUGAUGCACAAAGACGGAGACAUGAUAUACGUGGAUGUCGAUGUAGAUUCCUGGUCCGCUAUGAUCAUGAUCAGUCUGAGGAAAUAGUACCAUUAAGGAAGGUUUGUAGGCGUCCAGAAACUGAUUACCGGCUACAGUUACUGCAAGCCUCAAAAGCAUCGGGAUCUGUUGAUCUGCGGGCUCUACCCAAAGAUCCUUCUUUGGCAAAUGCUUCUAAGGAUCCAGGUCUGGCAGCACAAAGGACCCGGAAACAGCACAAACUGAUGGAUGUUAACACAGAUGAAGUUACCACCGUCCCUGUUCCUCAUCCUAAGGUGGCUAUUGGCAUGCAGGCUAUUCCUAUAACCACAACAGCAGUUGAAAACAGUAACAGGGCAGCUCCAGAUGUCCCUAUGGAUGAUGCUGCAGUGAACACUGAUAAUGUUGAUAAACCGCUAGAAGGCAGAUCAGCUGGUGGGUGAAGUCCUGUUUUUAGCAUGUUUUCUCCAUAUAGUAUUUUGACAUUAAGUACAGACACAAAAAAAGAUGUUCAAUAGGUAAUUUUGUCUGUCACUGGAGUUGUUUAUUAUGUUGUACAAGUAUCUUUGAAAUCAUGAGAUGAUACAAAAAAAAGUUUCUGAAUGUGUCGGAAACUAUUGCGGUGAAAGCCGUUCAUCAGCUGCUAUAAGAGGGUUUGCCUGUCGGCAUCAUUCA